AUGCAGAGGGAGAUAAUGAGCAAGAAGAAGAGUAGUCAGGUUCAUUGUCUUCCCUCUGGUGAUCUCAUGACAGCUUCUACUUCCAAACGCAUCCCUGAGAUCAGAUUAUACAAAACCUGGAAGGGUAACAACAGAUUUUUCUGUGGUGGGAGGCUAAUCUUUGGUCCUGAUGUAUCAUCUCUGUUCCUAACCUCCUUCUUGAUUGGAGCUCCUGCUCUUACAUUCUGCAUAAGGAUGCUCGUCUGGAUCCGAAGAGGCGACCCUUCCUUCAACUACACCGUUCUGACUUCAGGAUUUAUCCUCACCCUCUUGGACUUUAUGUUUCUAUUGUUGACAUCAGCUAGAGAUCCAGGAAUCAUCCCUAGGAACAAAACAUCAUUGCAUCUUGAAGAUGGCUCAGAGAGUUCUUUAACACAAUCUAUGGAAUGGGUCAACAACAAAACUCCUCAUCUCAAGGUUCCUAAAACAAAAGACGUUUUCGUUAAUGGUUACACUAUCAAAGUCAAGUUCUGUGAUACUUGCUUGCUCUACCGUCCACCACGGGCGUCACACUGCUCCAUAUGUAAUAACUGUGUCCAACGCUUUGAUCAUCAUUGUCCAUGGGUUGGACAAUGCAUUGCUCGUAGAAACUACCCAUUCUUCAUCUGCUUCAUCUCAACUUCAACAUUGUUAUGCUUAUAUGUCUUUGUGUUCUCGUGGAUCAAUCUAAUCAGACAGCCUGGGAAACUAUGGAGGACAAUGUCUCAUGAUAUAGUCUCUGUCAUUCUUAUAAUCUAUACAUUUGUUGCUAUCUGGUUCGUUGGUGGCCUAACCAUUUUCCACUUCUAUCUAAUGUCAACAAAUCAGACAACUUAUGAGAAUUUCAGGUACCGUUAUGAUAAGAAAGAAAAUCCUUACAAGAGAGGGUUACUAAAGAACGUUAAGGAAGUGUUCUUUGCUAAGAUCCCACCUUCUCAACUAGAUCUCAGAGCAAUGGUACCAGAAGAAGAUGACUUGACAAUAGCAUCUGAGUAUCAAUCAGAGUAUAGCUCAUCUGUCAGAUAUGAUUCAGAAAUGGGAGGGAAGCUCACUAAUCGAGAUAGUCCAAAGAAGCUUCCUAUGCGCACAAGAAACUUAGAUAAUAUUGACAUUAGUGAUGACUAUGACAAAUCUCUGGCUACUAGAGAUGAUAUUGCGCUUGAUCUUUCUUCUCAUCUCAACUAG